GUUUGAUUUCUUGUUACUCCAAAUCACCCAUUUAAAAUUUCUCUUGGGUAAAAAAGGAAAAAAAAGGGUAAACAUUUUUCCUUUCAUUUUUAUUUUUAAACCUGUAAAUUUUUCUUUCCUAUUUUUCUCUCAAGAAAGAGUGAUUUUAUUCCCUUUUUAUGUGAAACAAUUUAUGUCCCUCCUUUGCUUGACUAGUGGGGUAACCAUACUUUUAUUUCAUUUGAUUCUUUUCUUCAUUGACAGUUGACAACCUUUCAGUUUUGGGUUUUUGCUUUAUCAAGAUUCUCUCAGAAAUUCCUCACAAUUUCCUUAUAAAACUCUAGCAUUAAAAAAAAAAAGAAGAAAAGUGUUCCCUUUUUAAUUUUCAAGACUCUUGCACCACCCCACAUGCAUGUUUUUGGGGUUUGUCUGAUCUGGAUCCGAUCACCAAGAUCUCCCUUUGUUCUUUUUCUAUUUGCUAAUAAGGGGUUAAUUAGUUUGUGGGUUCAGGAGCUAAGGGGUUGUGCCUUUUUUGGCUAACCAAUUUUGGGUCUUUUUCUGUGGUUGUACAAGAACAACAACAAGGUGUGUGAUUUCUUGACUUUUUUACUCUUGGGUCCCCCCUUAAAGAUUCCAUACCUUUGUUAUUUGUGGUAAAAAUUUGUUCUUUUUGUUGGUGAGUAUUGUUUUCUUGUUUCAAUUGGUGUGAUUUUUGAACUUGGUAUGAAUGAUUUUGGGGAAAGACUUUGUUUAUUUUCUUGUUUUGUGUAAAGGGUGUCUGGAGAUAUUAGUACAUGUUGUCGUUUAAGUGGUAAAGAUUGAUUCUUUUAAGGGUAUUCUAUUAGUGGCAAUUUACAGCAUUUGUCUGUUGUUUGUAUAGUGUUGAUUUGGGAGGAGAGGUGUUUGCUUUACUGCUUUGAUGAUUGUGUUGGGUUUAUAGUGUAGCUAUAGAGAGUAUUCCCUGAGGCAUGGCUGGUAUUGAUGUUUCAAAGUAUGCACAUAGCCCUGUGCACAAAGCUUUAGUCUUGAAAGAUUAUGCCUCUCUGAGGAAGAUAAUUGCUGCCUUGCCGCGGCUUUGUGAUCCUGCUGAGAUUCAUACUGAAUCGGUAUCACUGGCCGAGGAAGUUAAGGCUGAUGCUAUUUCUGCAGUGAUUGAUCGACGUGAUGUCCCCAACCGGGAUAGCCCUCUUCAUUUGGCUGUCAAACUUGGUGAUGAGACUGCAACCGAGAUGCUUAUGCUUGCUGGUGCAGAUUGGAGCUUGCAAAAUGAACAUGGUUGGAGUGCCCUACAGGAGGCAAUAUGUAAUAAGGAAGAAAGGAUUGCGAAAAUUAUAGUUAGGCACUACCAGCCUUUGGCUUGGGCAAAAUGGUGUAGAAGGUUACCUCGGUUGAUUGGGACAAUGAGGAGGAUGAGGGAUUUUUAUAUGGAAAUAACAUUUCACUUUGAGAGCUCUGUUAUACCUUUCAUUUCUAGGAUUGCCCCUUCAGAUACAUAUAAGAUUUGGAAGAGGGGUGCAAAUUUAAGGGCUGAUAUGACUUUGGCUGGAUUUGAUGGGUUCCGAAUUCAGCGAUCCGAUCAGAGCAUUCUUUUCCUUGGUGAUGGUUCCGAGGAUGGUAAAGUCCCUCCUGGAUCACUUUGCAUGAUCUCACAUAAAGAAAAGGAAAUUAUGAAUGCUUUAGACGGUGCUGGUGCUCCAGCGACUGAGGCAGAAGUACAGCAUGAAGUUGCUGCAAUGUCUCAAACGAACAUAUUCAGGCCUGGGAUUGAUGUCACUGAAGCAGUUCUUUUGCCACAAACAACAUGGAGGCGACAGGAGAAAACGGAGAUGGUAGGUUCUUGGAAAGCUAAAGUAUAUGAUAUGCAUAAUGUGGUUGUGAGCAUAAAAUCAAGGAGGGUGCCUGGAGCUAUGACGGAUGAUGAAUUCUUCAAUUCUUGCAACGAAAACGAAACGGAGAGUGAAGAGUUUGAUGAUAUUCUAACAGAGGAAGAAAGAAAGCAGCUUGAGAUUGCUCUCAAGUUGGACUCUUCCGAUGAGAAUGGAGAUGGUGGGAUCAUUGCACAUCGCCAUAGUUGUUAUGAACAAAGGGAUAUUCCCAUCGAGGAGAUAAAUGGUUGCAGGAAUGACAACGACAGUAAGCAGGAAAAGAAGAGAUGGUUUAACAAUUGGAGGAAACGGGAUAUUAAGCCAGAAGGCGAGAAAAGAGCUGUUCCACCAAGAAGUUCUGUCUGUGUGGAUGAGAGGGUCGGCAAUCAUCUUGAGGGUUCUCCACCUAUAAAUGAAACUAGGCCGGGGAGGCAUUCUGUGGAUGUCAGAGCGACGAGGGAUGAGUUUAGACUAGGAAGAGAUGCAAAGACUUCUACAUCUAGCAAUGCUGAAAAUGGAAAUCGGCGCAAAGAUGGAGGCCGAGAAAAUGAGUAUAAGAAAGGAUUGAGGCCUGUUCUUUGGCUUUCUCCAGAUUUCCCAUUAAAAACUGAAGAGCUCCUUCCUUUGCUUGACAUUCUGGCCAACAAAGUUAAAGCUAUCCGCCGGUUGAGGGAAAUGCUCACAACAAAACUUCCAAAAGGAACUUUCCCAGUUAAGGUAGCUAUUCCGGUUGUUCCAACAAUUAGAGUAUUGGUGACUUUCACUAAGUUUGAAGAAUUACAGCCGCUAGAUGAGUUCGAGACUCCUCCUUCCAGCCCUGCUGCUUCAGGGAGGGAGAGUCCAGCAGUGGUGCAGCCAUCAAGUUCAUCAUGGUUUCAGUGGAUAAAAGCCCCAUAUCAUCGGCCUACGUCUUCCACAGGCAGUCCAAGUAAUAGGAUCGAAAACAUUCAAGAUCCCUUUGCAGUCCCUCAAGAUUACACGUGGAUAUCAGCAGAAGCUAAAAGAAAGAAAAUGCAGGAAAAGGAAAAGGCCAAGAAAGGAAAAAGUAGGAAACAGUAGCUGAAGCACUUAAGUUCAUAUGAGGGAAUUUUCUUUUUUUCUUUGGUCAGGGGAGAGGCUGUUACAUUCUUCAUUAGCUGAUCUUGUUUUAGUAAUCUUCGAUAUCUGAGUAAAUCAUUGUGGGUGGUAUAAAAGUUGAAAAUCGCUAUUCUUGUAAUCAAUAUGGAACAAUUGUUUUCAUUUCAGGUGGAUGUUUCCACAGUAACAUGAUUUCUAUUCUGUUC